UGAUUUGCAUAAAAGUUCUACUUCCUGCUGCAGAGCCUGUUCUGCAACUUACCUGAGAGAGAGAAGUGCGUAAAAGGAAAAAAGAAAACCACAGAUCCACAGGAAAAUAGAGUGCAGGAGAAAGCCCAGCAGUUGCUCUUUACUCUUGAUCAGUCCAGCGUGUGUCCCUGCUAGCCCCAAGUUGGUUGGAAAAUCCUGACGCCACAUUCCGAAACUUGAUUCAUAUUUCCACAGUCUUCACAAAAACUCGAAAUGGCCUCCAUUGAAGGAACUGUGAUGAGUCGAAGCAUACCAGUUGAAGUUGAUGAAUCUGCAUUCUGGUCCCCAUUUCCAGAACAUUCACUAGAAGAGGCUUUGAAACCUUCUGUUGAAAAUGAAGAGAACUUGGCACCGUUAGGACCAUAUCCAACUCAAAAUUCCUUGUCUGAUCAGUCACAUUUCUAUAAAUCAUCAGAACAUACAAACUAUCACCAGCCUGAACCACACAACGUAGCAAUGGAGGAUUGUGAGAGCAGUCUUUCAGUAAGACAUCAGGAUUCUGGAAAAGAUGUUCCUUUCUGUACCUCUGCUGUGGCUGGAAUGCUCCUUCCUGAGUCUCAUCUUUUAGCUACAGAGAAAACAAAUAAGCUAUUGAGAUCUCAGCUUUCAACUGAUUCUCCAGACACUGGACACAACUCUAGCAAAUCAAAUACACGUUUUUCUGAUGUUUCCCAGGAUUCCCUGGAUGACAGAAGCCAAGAGGAUUUACAGCCACAUCAGCCAUCAAAUAACAGAGCACCAUUUGACCUUCCGACUGCAGACACUGGAUAUGAUUCUCAGCCUGGGGAUUUCAUGGGUAUCAGGCAGUUAGAACCUCCAUUACCACUUACAUCUGUGAUUAAUCCUCAGGACCUUCCAGAACCAUUAAUAUCCGGAGAGUUUCUCAGAACUGAACCUCAGCAAUAUCCUGUGUGUCAACAAAUGCUGCACCCUAAUGUUUCUCCACAAGCUCAAUGGAACCUCAGAUACCAUUGCCCAGUUGAUCCACAUCACCAAAAUCCAUAUGGUAGGAAUCCUUACCAACACUUCGUACAUCCCUCCAGACGACCGCCUCCUGUUCCUGGGCCUUGCAUAAGAGUCAUCCAUCCCCCCCAGCAAGUCAACCCUUACUAUUCAAAUCCUCAUGCUCCUAAAUGCAAUGGAGAAAGAGUUCCACAAAGAGAAUGCUCCCCUCCAGUUCACCCACGAUUUCCAAACCAGUUAUGCAACCAGCUACCCAAGGGAGGGCUGCCGCACACAGCAUGUGCUCAAAAUGACUCUUCUCAGUGUACUUCUGACUUUGGAGCUCAGGUUAACAAUUUUCUACCCCCAGCUGCUAUCCCAAGACCUCUUAGUAACCUGGCAGCCAGAGGAACUCUGAGAACAAGCAAUUUGCCAGAAGAGUUACGUAAAGUCUUUAUAACCUAUUCUAUGGACACAGCUAUAGAGGUCAUGAAAUUUGUGAACUUCCUGGUUGUAAAUGGAUUUCAAACUGCGAUUGAUAUAUUUGAAGACACAGUACGAGGCAUUGAUAUCAUUAAAUGGAUGGAACGCUACCUAGGUGAUAAGACGGUGAUGAUAAUCAUAGCAAUCAGUCCAAAAUACAAGCAGGAUGUUGAAGGGGCUGAAUCCCAGCUGGACAGGGAUGAGCAUGGCUUACAUACUAAAUACAUCCACAGGAUGAUGCAGAUUGAGUUCAUCCAACAAGGAAGCAUGAACUUUAGAUUCAUUCCUGUGCUCUUCCCAAAUGCUAAGAAGGAACAUGUGCCUACUUGGCUUCAGAACACACACAUUUAUAAUUGGCCAAAAACUAAGAAGAACAUCUUGUUGCGGUUACUGAGAGAAGAGGAAUAUGUUGCUCCUCCAGUAGGACCUUUGCCGACACUCCAGGUUGUGCCACUAUGAACAUUUUUACAGAAAGCUCAUGACAAGAAAUUGUUAAAGGAUGAGGUUGGCAAGAAGCCAGGACUCUUCCAGGUGGCCCUUUCUGGUGAUAGACAAUUCUCUUUCUGCUAACGGACCUAAAUUGGGCAAUGCAGGCUCAUCUUCUUCACUUCUCCAUUGUAUCAAACAUCUCUUUCUGAAGCCUAUCAGACAUAAUUCCUUGCUUGGUUCUGAAACAAAUUGCAAAUGGAAAAAUAUCCAGUUUUAUUUGUAUUGAUGUUUGAUACAUUCCUUUACUAGUUUGCUGCACAGCACUUAAAUAACGCAAAUUACAUUGCAAUUAAUCUAAAACAAUUGCACCUUCCUGUUUUCUGAGGGUUUCUUUUCUUGUUAGCCAGAUAUUCUUGCAUCACACAGUGUUCUCAAACAAUGGUAAGCAUAAUAAAAUAUAUCUGCUUUUUGUAAAACUGUUUUGUUUAUUGCUGGAGAGAUAUCAAUUAAACUUUAUGGUGUUAUUGUAAGUAACCUAAAAGGAGUAGCAACCAGUGUUCCCUAUAAGCUGUGCACUUGUACAGCUGCUCAGGAGAAAUUCAAAUGCUGACCAACUGAUUAGCAGAGCACCCACAGCUAGGUGUUGUGUUUCUAUUAUGAUGAACAUUCACACAUGCCUUGGUGCACAUACACAUUUAUUCCACACAUAGAUGGAAAAGAUUAGAGGGAAUAUUUUUGGCAACUGUUCAGUAAUGCAUCUUUUACUCAAACAAGCUGUUUCACAUAAGAGCACUGUAUUUGAUAAAAGGGCCUGUGACUCUGGCAGACCAGGUGCCAGUUAAUGGCAAAGUCCUAGACCUCACUGAACACUGACACACAUAGAUGGAAACCAGUGUGGCUUACCUAUAGGUUAGUAUAGUUAAAACAGAGAGACAAGAUGGGUGUGGUAAUAUAUUUUAUUGGACCAAUUUCUUGUUGGUUAGAGUGAUAAGCUUGCGAGCUACACAGAACUCUGCUUCAUGUCUGAGAAAUGUAAUCAGAGUGUCACUGCUAGAUACAAGAACAGAUAGUUUAGCAUUGCAUGUAUCCUAGGGGCAUAUCUACACAGCAGGGCUAAAGCUGAAAUAAGCUAUGCAAAUUGAGUUGUGAAAUAAGCUAUGUCAGUUGCGAAGCUUAAGAAAAAUAGCUUAUUUCGGCUUUUGGUGCUGUCUACACAGCAGGAAGUCCGAGAAAGAGCAUUCUUCCUCUGACUUCUCUUACUCCUUGUACAGGAGAGUUACAGGAGUCUGGGUAAGAAGUUCUCCAGCUCAACAUUAUUUUGACAUUUUGUGCUUAUAGUGUAGAUGCGGACUGUUAUUUCACAAUAACGUCGGUUAUUUCAAAAUAACAGUGCUAUGUGCACGUACCCUAAGGGACCAUUCAAGAUGAUUGCUAAACUGUUAGAUCUUGUAUUUAGCUCAGACGCUCUGGAGUACCUUUCCCAGCACUGAAGAAGAGCUCUGUGUAGCUAGAAAGCUUGUCUCUCUCAUCAACAGCAGUUGAACCAAUACAAGAUAUGACUUCAUCUACAUUGUCUUGCUAAUGACCCUCAAACCGACGUGGCUAAAACAACACUGCAUACAAAAAUGGAAGACGUAGUUAAAGUUGAUAUUAAUGGUAAAAGAGAGUGUUUGGUGUUGAGACCUUAUGAAUAGUAUAGGAUGUUGCAUGUAUUGCUCUCACUAAUAAGCUCUGUAGCCCAUGGUAUAAAAUUAUAUUCCGUGUAUUCACUGUAUACCUCUGUAAUUGUGUAACUGAAGCAGGAAAAGAAUUAUUAAUUAAAGUAAAGUGCUCAUCCUGCACACAGGACAGUCCAAUGAAGUCAAAUGAGGCAUUGUGUAGUAUCAAAAGACCUUGUUCACUGCAUUCCUCACUCCCUCCAGGAAGGGAAGGCCUGCACAUGAACUAAUCCCAUCAUCUUGGAAUCUAGGAUGGAGAUAAAAAUCCCUGAGAGGGAGACACUUGGUCUCUUUCAUGCUGCCUUGACUCUGAGGGCCAAAGAUUUCUAAACACAAGCAAGAGACCUAGAGUUGCUUAUUAUAGAAUUUUGUUACCUUUAUACAUCUAAAACUGUUAUUCAUUUUUGUGUGUACAUUUCAUGUUUUAAACCUGUAAAUAAAAUAAAAGAAACACC